AUGUCGGCAAGAACUGAGCGGAUCGACUUCAACGAAGGGUUGAACACUCUCCAGCUGGUUCCCGCCACGGCCUCGGUGGGAAGACGAGGAAAAGGAGCUGGCUUCUACUGUGAAGUGUGCAACCUCACAUACAAAGACUCCAUUCAAUGGAUCGACCAUCUCAACAGUAAACAGCACUUGUAUGAGAUUGGAGAGACGGACGGACCCCGACAAUCGACGCUGGAGGAUGUUCAGAAGCGGCUCAAGUGGCUGACGGAGCGAAAACGCGCCCAGGAGAAGGAGUUGGACUACGAUAUCAACGCUCGGAUCAGUGCCAGAAAACAGUUGAUUGAGCGACAGAAGAAGAAGAAGAAGGAUCGAAAGCGACAGAAACGAGAGGAAAAGGUGGAAGAAGGAGCUGACGACGAAAUGAUGGCCGCCAUGGGCUUUGGCGGGUUUGGAAGUACAAAAAAGUGA